AUGAAGUUCGUUUCUACUCUCCUCAAGAAAUUCAAGAAGUCUUCUUCCUCCUCGUGUCCACCAAAAACCUCCACUUCAACCUCUGAGCCCCAGAACAAAGUUUGGAUUCACGACGGACCAUCGUCUUCCACUGAAAACCAAAAUGAAGUCAUCGAAGAAUCCCAAUUCACUCAACGUCCACUUCGUCGUCAAAACCGCUUCGUUGGAUUCAACGCCAUGAUGGGUCAAAAAGUUCGCGCCUCCCAACGAUAUGCUAUGAGAAUGGAGAAACGAGAGAUGUCCGUCAAGUUGAACGAAUCCAUCAGAAGCCGUCUUCGCAAGCAGAAGAGAGCCAGACACUACAGAAAGCUCGCCGAGAUCCAGAAGCAGCCAAAGUUCGAGAUUUGA